UGGAUUGGUACCUAUCUGAUAUUGGCAACCCUGUUUCAAAAUGGCUGUUUGCUUGGUAGCGUUUUAAUGAGGUUAUUGUAUGUAAUGAAAUUUGUUUUCUGUUUGUUUAUAUACAUAACAAAAUCCUGACAAUAAUUUCAAAGUGUGUAUUGUGCUGCUGUGAAGAAACAAUCGACAAUGUUAUAGUAUAUAAAUCAAGAUAAGGUAUCCAAGUAAUAAAACAUGGAUUUCGGACAUCCUCACCAGAACAUGGGUAUGCCCCCGCCGGGCAUGGGUAUGAUGGGUCCACCCAUGGGCCCGCCACCGGGGCGGAACAACAUUCGCCAUAACUUUAGACCUUUCAACUACCAGAUGCGAUUUCCACCACAGGGCCCUCUUAAUAUGACACAAGAUGAUUUCGACGGUAAACGUUUGCGUAAAUCAGUAAUGCGUAAAACUGUAGAUUAUAACGCGGCUAUUAUAAAAGCAUUAGAAUGCCGCGUUUGGCAAAGAGACUGGCGCGAUAGACAUGCGCUUCAACCGGACGCUAUGUACACCCCUGACCUUUUACCUCCUCCUUCAUAUCCUGAUAAUCCAAUAAAUGCCGUUACAACACGUUUUGUUAAAACAGCCACUAAUAAAAUGAGAUGUCCUAUCUUUGCUGUAGCAUGGACUCCUGAAGGUAGAAGAUUAAUAACAGGUGCUUCCUCAGGAGAAUUUACACUAUGGAAUGGAUUAACAUUUAACUUUGAAACCAUUCUCCAAGCUCAUGACUCACCAGUAAGAUCAAUGGUUUGGUCACAUGGAGAAGGCUGGAUGGUAACUGGAGACCAUUCAGGAUUUAUAAAAUACUGGCAGAGUAAUAUGAAUAAUGUUAAAAUGUAUCAAGCUCAUAAAGAAGCUGUAAGAGGAAUCAGUUUCAGCCCUAGUGAUUCUAAAAUAGUAACAUGUUCAGAUGAUGGCACGCUCAGGAUAUUUGAUUUCUAUAGAUGUCAAGAAGAAAGAAUAUUGAGAGGUCAUGGUGCCGAUGUGAAAUGUGUUCAAUGGCAUCCAACUAAAGCACUCAUUGUAUCAGGCAGUAAAGACAACCAACAGCCUAUUAAAUUAUGGGAUCCAAAAUCAGGGACAGCAUUGUCAACUCUUCAUGCUCAUAAAUCUACAGUAAUGGACUUAAAGUGGAAUGAUAAUGGUAACUGGCUAAUAACUGCAUCCCGUGAUCAUUUACUUAAAUUAUUUGACAUACGUAAGCUAGGGUCUGAACUGCAAAUUUUUAGAGGACACAAAAAGGAAGCUUCCAGUGUGGCAUGGCAUCCACAUCAUGAAGGCUUAUUUUGUUCUGGGGGAUCUGAUGGAGCUAUUUUAUUUUGGAAUGUAGGUACUGAUAAAGAAGUUGGUUGUAUUGAAGGAGCACAUGAAUCUAUUGUCUGGACAAUGGCUUGGCAUCCACUGGGUCAUAUAUUGUGCUCAGGUUCAAAUGACCAUACUUCUAAAUUUUGGACUCGGAACCGUCCAGGUGACCUUAUGAGAGACAAAUAUAAUUUGAAUACCUUACCUCCCGGAGUUCAAGAUGAUCAAGACUUGGAAGAACCUACUACAAUUCCUGGUAUGGGACCUGAAGAUAAAGUAGAAAUAUUUUCCUCUGAUACAGAUAAAGUUAUUCCUGGGUUAGAUUUAGAUACUACAUUUGUUCCUAUGGAAUUUGAGAAGAAAGUUAAAAAAGUUCCAUAUAGUAAACCUAUUCCUCGAAACUUCCAAGCCCAAUGGAAUCAUGCUCCUAGUGCUGAAGAAUCUUCUACAGAAGUCCUGAGCCAGGCUCUAGUUGAAUCAGUCCCAGGCUCCAUACCACUUGAACACAUCAAUCCAUCCGCCAUAUUCAUUUAUGGAAAAUUAAUUGGAGUAGAACCUGGGUCUAAACUUGAGAAAGCAAUAACUGAAGGACAUGUUUCUCUUAGAAAAUAUAUAGCUAGUGGGGAACUAGAAGAGUUGCAUGAUGUUAUGCCUCAUUUAGAAGAUGAUGCCGAUGAAGAAAACUUUCAACCAUUUGAAUACCCUGACCAAAAUGAAAAUGAAAAUGGUGAUGAAGAUGAACAAAAUAACAAAGAAGAUUAUGAACGAGAUGAAGAAUACUAUGAUAAUGAUAUGGAUAAAAAUGGAACCCAUGAUUCAGAAAAAACUGCAAAAUAUAAUAAUGGCCCAGACAUGUCUAACAUGCAACAGGUGACUAAUAUGCCACUAGUUAUGAAUAACAUGAUGAGACCCCCUAUGGGUAUGGGACCAAUUAGACCCCCUAUGAGACCACCCCUUGGUUCUAUGCACAUGCCUCCUCCACACAUGUCAGGCAUGCCACCCAUGGGUGCUAUGCCACCCUUAGGAAAUAUGCCUCCAAUGGGAAAUUUGCCACCAAGAGGUAGUAUGCCACCAAUGGGAAAUAUGCCUCCAAUGGGAAAUAUGCCCCCAAUGGGAAAUAUGCCCCCAAUGGGUAACAUGCCACCAAUGGGAGUCAUGCCACCCUUGGGAAACUUGCCACCACGGUCUUCCUUUAAUGACAAUGGUUACAAUAAAUCUCAGUUUGAUUCUAAUUAUGAAAAUCAGCAAUAUUCACAAAAUGAUGAAGAAUAUAAUGAGGAAGAAUCUUAUGAUCAAAAUUAUGAAGAAGAAAGUAAUUACAAUGAAGACGAGAAAGGUGAUGAAGGAUUUUCUAGAAAUCAGCGAUGGGAGCAUGGUUAUAGGGGAAGGACUCGUGUUAGAGGUCGAGGUAUGAAUGGUUAUGGAGGACGUGGUAAUCGACGCGGCAACAAUGGCUCCAGAGGAUCACCACGAAAUCGACGAGGUGGUGGUCAUAACAGAAACUUUAGACGAGGCAGUAAAUCCGUUUCAAAUUAGUUAAUAAAAGAUUUGUAUAUUUUCGGUACCUUCUCAGAUGAAUAAUUUCGCUCCUGUAAGUGAAGUGUUAAGUUGUGUAUGCGAGUAAGACAAUUUUAUAGUGACUGAAAAUGGUUGUACAUAAUUUUUAUUUACAGCUUGUAUCUUAAUUUCAUAAGCUGAAAACUUAAUAAAUCUACGUUACAAAUUUUUUUUUUAAAGUUUAUACAGGUAUAUAAAUAUUCUUUGUUGUGGCUGUAACUGGUGAGUUUAUCUUUUCUAUUAAGUUGAUUUAAAAAAGUUCUACUACUUAAAUAAAUCUUUCUAUGAUAUCAGGUAAUUAAAAUUGUGAAAAAUUGAGAAGACCACACAGACAUUUGAAGAUUGCCUCCAGUAUUUCAAGAUAGUGUGCAGUCUUGUAAUGCAGUAGUCAUCCGUUCAACUCCAGCAACUUUAUAAUGAUCUUGACGUGGACGCGGUGGCUGCUCGUCUUGUCAUCAUGUCGCGGGAGUCAUUUCGAUUCUGGCAGCGACAAAAACUUAUUAGUGGACUUAAAGGAAAACGUCACCGUUCACCUUGAAGCGAUUAACGGGACCCCAAUUUACAGAUUAAUAAGACCAGACGAAAGUACACAAUGGUUUCCGGAACGAGAAACGAAAAUGAAUAGUUGUGUGAUGAGGGCCCGCUGUGAACCGCUUUUUAAUUCCACGUGCCUCGGGUCGAUACUUCCAUAUAGUAAAACAAGCGUGCACUUGACGUUCUACAAUAGUCAGCGGCAAAUACAGAACCAACUAGAGUUUUAUAAAAAUUUAAUCAAUGUACCCAAUUGUUGGGCCGUUAUCCAACCCUUGCUUUGUGCGACUUUCAUGCCGAAAUGUGAGAAAAUACUAGAUCACGAUAUGGUAUAUAUGCCUUCGUUCGAGAUGUGCAAAAUAACAAUGGAACCGUGCGCUAUCCUCUAUAACACUUCGUAUUUUCCUUCUUUUCUCAAAUGCAACACAACAUUGUUUCCGCCGAAUUGUGAUAAUGCCAUGAGAGAGGUUAAAUUUAAUACAACCGGAAAAUGUUUACCGCCCCUAAUACACACGGACAAGUCCUUGCGCGUCUACGAAGGUAUUACCGGUUGCGGGUUGCCGUGUCGUGACCCGUUGUAUACUGAAGAUGAACAUCAACAAAUACAUAAACUGGUAGCCUGGGGCGCCGGUGUGUGUCUGGCCUUAAACCUGUUGACCGUAGCCACGUUCCUCAUAGACUGGCGGAGUGCUAACAAAUAUCCCGCAUUAGUUAUAUUUUAUAUCAACGUGUGUUUCGCUGUUGCAUCAAUGGGUUGGCUUGUUCAAUUCGGUGUCGGCUCAAGAGACGAUAUAGUUUGCUCCAAAGAUGGCACUAGACGACAAGGGGAGCCAUCGGCCGAAGAAAAUUUAUUUUGCGUUGUCGUAUUCGUUUUGGUUUAUUAUUUUAUGAUGGCAGCCUGCGUCUGGUUCGUUAUAUUCACGUACGCUUGGCACAUGUGUAGUUUUCGAGCUUUGGGUAAAAUACAAGAUCGUAUUGACAAGAAAGCUGCGUAUUUCCACCUGGUGGCGUGGUCUCUCCCUUUGAUAUUAACGAUAACAACAAUGGCGUUCGGAGAAGUGGACGGGAGCAGCGUCACGGGCGUGUGCUUCGUCGGCUACGUGAACCAUCCCAUGCGCGCCGCCUUGUUGCUCGCGCCGCUGGCUGUCGUGCUUACUUUAGGCGGAUAUUUUCUUUUAAGAGGCGUAUUUUCCCUUGUCGUGGUCCGAGUGUCGAGUAAAGACGUGAUAUCUCCGCGAGCCUCAAACAAGAUCCGCCGUACGAUCACGCGGUGCUCCAUCACGGCGGCGCUGGUGGCCGUCUUCAUCUGCGUCACGUUCGCUUGUCACAUCUACGAGUUCAGGAAUGCAGACCUUUGGAAAGACUCAUUCAAGAGGAAUAUCAUCUGUCGACUAGAAGCUGGUCAAGAAAGGCAGAAGGAAUGUUUGACGGGCUCUCGUCCCUCGAUAUCUGUGCUGCAGCUGCGACUGCUGUGUUGCUUCGCUGCCGGUGCACUCAUGUCCUCGUGGACCUGGACGCCGGCUGCCCUCGCCGCCUGGAGACGAUAUCUGGCCAGGAAAUGUGGAUGCUCCGUUGAUGAGGAAAUAACUCGUCGCGCACAAAAGCACGAGUUGAUACGUCGAGCCUACAGACGCCGCGCGGAGUUCGCGGCCCGCGGACGGCUCUCCAUAUCUCUGGGCGGCUCCAGACAAGAUCCCGUUGGGCUGUGUCUGGAUCACACCUCUCCGAUCGAUUACCCGGAAGAUGCGAAACAUGAAAGCGGUGAAUUGUCGUCGUCGUGGGCGGCCAACCUGCCGCGGUUCGUGCGGCGCCGCGACGCGCUCGUGUUGCCCGCGCACGCGCACCCGCACCACUCGCUCAGCUCCACGCCGGACCGACGCAACUCGCAGGACUCUCAGAUCAGCAUCAGCCUACGACACGUGUCCGUAGAAUCUCGCCGCAACUCACUCGACAGUCAGCUCUCGGUGAAGAUCGCCGAGAUGAAAACCAAAGUCGGUCGCCGCCGAACCAAACAUACCAAAGCGAAACGUAAACGGGCCACCGGGCCCCGCAAGGAGAGCACGCCUUCCAUCGAGAGUCAAAUAAGCCGCUAUUGGCUGCAGGCCGUCGCGGCUAACAACGAUCGCUCCAGAGAAGAAGUCAAAUUCAGCUUUGAAUGAUCGCAAAUCAUUUAAUAAUCUGUGCCAAGAAUUACUUUAUAAUAAAUAAAAACUUGAAUCUCGAACUUGAAACUUAAAUUAAGUUAAGAAGCAACUUAUUUUUUGUGAUUAUAUUGAUUACGAUAAAGACUGAUUAGAAGAGUCUCUACGAUUGUAUUAAUAUAGAAUUAAAACAAUUCCAUGACAUAUUACGAAUGUGAUGAAAUUACGUUGUCUUCAUUCUUGACUGUGCUCGUGCCAUAUCUUCAGAAGUUGUUUGGGAGUCAUUCUAACGUGUGUGGCGUAACUUUUGUUAUCGCAUUUGUACAAAGCUUUUUGUAAUAUAUAUUUUUGUCUCUUAGUUUGGUAAGCAAUAACAUAACAGUAAGGUUGUGAUUCGCGUUGUAUCUGAGACAACACACGAUUGAAAUGUUUUUUUAAGCAUGUUUUAUUCUUGUUGUCGACAAAACAGCAAAUACAUUAAGUCUGCCUAGCUUUAAAUUUUUCGAUAAAAACGUUUUUUAAAUAAACUUUUGAUACAUA